CACGAACGCUACGCGACCAUCAAGUCACCCACGAAUAUCCAUGCUGAAAUCAGCACCUGUCCGAUUUCCAGCCCGGCACGGAACGCAGUACCACCACUACGCAAGGACAGCGGCGGGAGCGGGUCUUCGGUCCUUCACGCAUGGCAAGAAGCAUCAGAAUGCGAGCCAUGUCCUGCCAACGACUGCUCCACAGCCACUGUCUGAAGCUCCAAUGGUCCCGAUGAUCGAUACACCGCCGCCGUCGCCACCGGUAGUUACGCCGCCGGGCGCUGAUGUGAAGAAGAGGGCGUAUCCGCUGGAUGAGAGUGUGGUGGAGCGGUUGACGCCGACGAUGAAGAGAUUCUGCUUGCAGGAGAGGGUUGCCGUGCUUACUGGUGCUGGCCGAGGCCUAGGCUACAACAUGGCACAAGCCCUCGCCGAAGCAGGCGUCCGAGGCAUGGCCAUUCUAGACCUGCUACCCGAGGGCGAGCAAGCCGCGCGGGAGCUCGCCGAGCAGACGGGCGUAGACGUGCUAUUCUACCCCAUCGACAUCACACAAGAGCUGGUCGUUCAGCAGACAGUCCAAGACAUCAUGGACCACUUCGGGCGCAUCGACAUCCUCAUCAACUCCGCUGGUAUCGCUGACUCCAACAUGCCCGCCGAAACCUACGACAUGCACCGCUUCCGGCGCCUCAUCGAAAUCAACCUCAUCGGCAACUUCGCCGUCGCCCAAGCUGUCGGGCAAGCCAUGAUCCGCACCAACACGCACGGCUCCAUCAUAAACAUCGCCUCCAUGAGCGGGUCCAUUGUGAACUACCCACAGCAGCAAUCGUGCUACAACGCGUCCAAGGCCGCCCUCAUCCAGAUGACCAAGUCGCUGGCGGCGGAGUGGGCGCAGUACGGCAUUCGGGUGAAUGCGAUUAGCCCCGGGUACAUGGAUACGGCGCUGAACCGUGUGCCAGAGCUAGAGGCGGAGAAGAAGAUGUGGAUUGAGAGGACGCCGCAGAGGAGGUUGGGAGGCGUAGAUGAGUUGAAUAAUUUGGCGGUGUUGUUGGCAAGUGACGCUAGUGCGUUUAUGACGGGGUCGGACAUUAUAAUCGAUGGAGGCUAUACAUUGUGGUAGAAGAAGCGAGGGAGGGAGAGGGACGAUCCUGGAUGGUUGGUUCGUUGAUACGGGGGUUGCUUUUAGGCCGCCUGGCGGACCUGUAAUACGCGCGGAGUCUUCGGAGUUUGGGACAUGGAUAGAUACCCAGGACCGGAUAUUUUGGCACGUACAGCGCAAAAGUGCAGAUUCGUCUCGCGUCAUUGAGGUGAGAAGGAGGAAUGAAGGUGCAGUGCGGUGCAGUGCGGUGCAGCAUCGUGACAUUUCCCCACAACCAGCCUCGAUUCAGCCUUGUGCGCCUAAUCAUAGCAACCAAUCACACGCCAGCCAGUCUUGGCAUCCGUAACCUCUGCCGUCACCAGAUCCGCAACCCCAAGGCACCUUCAAAAGCAAGCCCACGAUUCCGCCCAAGCCGCGUACGCCUUGGAUACCGCUGGAUUUCCUCUUCCAAGCCUUGAAGCCU